AUGUCCUCUACAACAAAAGCGAAACAUGUCGUAAAUGAAGCACUUCAACGUUAUGAAUUACCUGAUGAAAAACAUUAUAUUGUUAAAGUAAUUGCUCCGCGUGGAAAUAAUUUACAUGAAGUAAUAACACCUAGUGGAUCAACAUUUCUUGUUACUAUGCCAACGAAAUUUCGACGAACAAUUUUUAUCAAACGAGGUGAUUAUGUACUUGUUGAAAAUAUUGACGAAGGUGAUAAAGUUAAAGCAGAAAUUAUUCAAAUUCUUCUUAAAGAUAAUAUUAAAUAUAUUCGAGCACAAAAUUGUUGGCCAAAAGAAUUUGAAGUUAUUCAAGAUGAAGAAAAUAAAGAUAAUGGAUCAUACGAGGAUAUGAUGCCACCAUCACAGAGCUCAGGAGAUGAGGAAGAAGAAGAAGAGGAAGAGGAAGAACCAAAAUCAAUUCUGCAUGAUAAUUAA